CUAGUCCUGAACUGAACAGUAGCUGCCAUGGAAUUGGAGUAAAGGAUAGGCCUGGGUGUCUUGUCUGAUAAAGCAACUUCUCCUCAUUACUAAUAUGUCCUUUUCAUAUUGCCUGUCUUCUCUCCUUCCAUGCAGUUCUGGAAAAAUGGUCAAGGGCAGUAAAUGGCUAUUUUACGAACUGGGAAAAGUGCCCAUUCCCUAGAAUGGGUGAAUCACAAUUCUGCGAUAAAAUUCUUCCCUUAUAUUAUCAUGUGACCAGCAACUGGCUGACCUGUGAGGAGCUGCAGCUCAAGCAGGCCAUCAUCAAAGCCCUUGGUCCCAUGAUGAGCAUCCUGCUACACAAAAAGGAGCAGCAAAAUCAGAUAUUUAAAGAGAUCUCAUGGCUCCUUGAGCAAUAUAAGGAGGAAAUUGAUGUUUUUCAUGUCACCAAGAGUCUGAGCCAGGUCUUGGAGGUCUCUGGUGAAUAUAAGAUCCCUCUACCUAAAGGGAAGUUUCAAGUCAUCUGCAGUGCUCUGCACAACCAGAUCUGUUCUCCAGCUAAGCAGCUCAGCAUAGAAAACCACAAAGAGCUGUUCCAUUGUGUACUUCUGCUAGCCCGUUCUUCUCCGGAUGAACUGCUAGCAUUUCUACACGAGCAGCUGGAGAUUGAGCAUGAGGCUGUUCGUGUGGCGUCUUUAGAUCUUCUGAGAGCUAUUGUUGGUGCUGACUUGCCUGAGACAAGAGUUAAAAAGCUUCUGAUUGUGACGGCAGUGAAAUCCACUCUCAGUGAUCAGAAUGCUACGGUGAGGAAGGCAGUUCUUCAUUUCAUCAGGACGCUGCUCAGUUCAGGAAGUGUGGAGAAUUGUGCAGCUUGGGAUAUGGUAGCAUAUGUUUUCAGCGAGUUCAGUGUGUCCACCAGCAAACUGGUAAGGAGAGUUCUUAACACUUAGGACUCGGUCCUACCAUUCUUGCAUGCUGAUUGCUCCCCUUGACUUCAGUGGGAGUUUUGACUCCAGGACAGCUGGACUGAAUGAAUAGAGCCAGAAUCUGAUCCUUUAUAUUGGU